ACAGAUUGCGUUUUGUUAUUGUUUUGUUUCAAGAACAGUGAUAAGGAACACAAUUUUACUGAUUUGACGUGCUUUUUUGUCUAAUUUUUUAAAUUUUCUGUGCAUUUCGUUAGAGGUAGUGUUCAUCUGCCCAUAUCUCACAAAUUUCUUUCAGUAUCUUAAAUGACAGCCUUUGUUCCAGGCUCAGCUGCUCAGCCAACCUCUGAAGUUGAACUCACUAUCUCAUGCAGGGGCUUGGAGGGCAAAGAUGUUCUGUCAAAAUCGGAUCCUAUGUGUGUAACAUAUAUCCAGCCAUUUGGAGAUACCCAUUGGGUUGAGUAUCACAGAACAGAAACCAUUUUAAAUUCUCAUGAUCCAGAUUUUGCUUCAAAAGUUCUUCUGAGUUAUCGAUUUGAAGAACAACAGCCUCUAAAAUUUGAACUGUAUGAUGUUGACUCUGAAAGCCCACGGCUCGAGGAUCAUGAUUUUCUCGGUUUUGUCACCUGUAAUUUAGGUCAAAUUAUCUCCAACGGCAAGGUAAAACUUCAGCUCUUGCAGAAAGGAUACGAUCGUGUCCAUGCCUCUCAAAAAAGUUACAUUUUAAUCGCAGCAGAAGAGUUAGCAACUUUAAAAGAUGAGGUUUACCUACAGUUCAGUGGCUACAACUUAGAUAAAAAGGAUUGGUUUGGGAAAUCCGACCCCUUCCUUGAAAUUCACAAGUCGUUGGAGUCUGGAGAUUAUUCUCUAGUCCACAAGACUGAGGUCAUCAAGUGUACCCUGAAUCCUAAAUGGCAAAGAUUUUCUCUGCCGGUUCGAACUCUCUGCAAUGGUGACUAUCAUCGAAAUCUGAAAUUUGUCUGUUAUGACUGGAAUGCAAGUGGCUCUCAUAGUUUGAUCGGAGAGUUUUAUGCAACUCUCCAACAACUAAGUGAGGGACCAUCUUCAAAAACUCGUUUUAAAUGCAUCCAUCCGGAGAAAAGGUUAAAAAAAAAUUAUUCUGGUUCCGGCGAAAUUGCUCUCGACUUUUUCCAAGUAAAGAAAAUUCAUUCAUUUAUGGACUAUGUCAGAGGAGGGACUCAGCUGCAUUGCACAAUAGCAAUAGACUUCACAGGUUCGAAUGGUAACCCUGCUCAUCCAUCGUCCUUGCACUAUGUGUGCGAUGGAUUCGCCAACUGUUACGAGCAAGCUAUCAGCUCCGUAGUCUCGAUCAUUCAAGACUAUGACUCAGAUAAAAUGUUCCCUGUCUUGGGAUUUGGUGCAAGGCUCCCACCUCAUGGUGUUGUCUCUCACGAGUUCUUUGUGAAUAUGCACCCGUCAAAUCCUUACUGCGAAGGAGUCAAUGGAGUUCUUCAAGCAUACAAGAAUUGUAUACGGCAGGUUCAACUGUAUGGACCAACUAAUUUCUCCCCCGUGAUCAAUCACGUCGCCAAAUUUGCUCAGCAGCAUUCGGAUGGUUCCAGUUAUUUCAUUUUACUCAUUUUAACUGAUGGUGUCAUUACAGAUAUGCCACAAACGACUGAGGCAAUUGUCAAUGCCUCAGGUUUGCCCAUGUCGAUAAUCAUCGUUGGUGUUGGAAAUGCAGAUUUCUCAGCGAUGGAGACUUUGGACGCUGAUACUGUGGGUCUUAAAGCCAACGGCGUCAAAGCCUUGCGUGAUAUCGUUCAAUUUGUUCCUUUCAAUAAGUUUGUAAACACAGGUGACCCUCGCACAGCAAGGAUACGUCUUGCAAAAGAAGUUCUUGCGGAAGUUCCCGGCCAGUUCAUUAGCUUUAUGAAAGCUAAUAAAAUUGAACCAAAGCCUCCUCUAAGUACAAUCUCAUUUCUUCCUCCUGAUCCUGAGCAACUCAACACCACCCAUUGAGAUUUGUUUAACUCAUAUCAUUCAUCAUUCUACUCCUUUUGCCAUUUGCACUCUUAACUUUAGUGUUCAGUUUGAAUACGGGCCGCUAGCUUAUAAAGUUGCAAAGCUAACUCGUUAAAGCAUGCAUUUUUUGAGCAUUUUGUGUUAAAUUAUAUCCAUGCAAAUAUUUUUACUCUUGUGAGCAUAUCAUAGAUUGAACUAAAAAUUGAUUACCGAUCAUAGAGAAAUAGAAAUAGAGCCAGAGAGACCAACCGCUGCACCUGUCCGUAAAACUUGUUAUGCAUAUAUUUCAAAGCCAAUAAUUGGUGCUACUGAAAUGCAGAGGGAAUACAUAAGAGACAAACCAGACAAGCAGAUUAUGAACUAUCUCAAAAAAAUUGGAAGUUUUUUCAUUUUUAGAAAGAAUAUCUCAAAAAUAAAACAAAUCACCUUUUGAUCAAAGUAAAAUAGCAUUUAAUGCACGGAGCUGGAGCUAACUUUUGCUAGAGCUGAAAGGAGCUAUACUUUAUUCAUCAGAUUGCUUAAAAAUCAUGGUGAUUGAAUUAGCAAAGUACAUAUAUGCGUCACUCUUCACCAACAGGAAAUGUGCGCCUCUUGGAGCUCUCCACUUCUUAAAAAAUCCACCCCUCUGAUAUGCUCUCAAGUUUUGUCAUGGAAAAUUAUUUUACACUUAUCUUCCUAUUUUUCUAUUCCUUCUCAUUUUAUUUAAUAAAUAAACCAUUUUAUCAGGUGUCAAUAGUGAAACUAGAAAAAAAUUUAUCUCCGUUCGCUGAUUGAAAAUUGCUGGCCUUACUAUAAAUUUGAAUGGAAAGCUAAGUAAUAUCAUUCCGUAUGAUUCUUGUAUGUCAAUCAGUGUAUGAAGAAUAUCCCGUUACAAUUUUGAAGCAAUGAAAUUUACUUAUAUUCUUUGAAAGCAAAACAAAUGGGAAAGGAGGUAAUUUGAAAAACGGCGAUCAAAUUUUUUUUUUUUUUUUCUAGUUUCAAGGCUGAUAUGCACUGUAAGUAUGUCCAUGGCCAAAAUAAAAAAAAAUUGUAUCUCGAUUGCAAUGUAGGUUGCCCCCAAUAUUUGAUUUUCUUACAGGGAAACUAACCAACACUUUCAUUGUAAUUUUAUAUUUUUCGUCACUCAAUUUUCUUCUCUCAUUCUAAAGAAAUCACUUGAAAUUGCAACGACAAAGUUUUGGUUAGUUUUUCUAGAAGAUAAUAGAGCAUAAUUGGAGAUUUAAAAAAAUUGCAAUCGAGUAUUGAGUUAUGAAUUUUAUGCUUUUAGUCAUUGAUAUGAUCUUCAUUGCGAUAUUUUGCUGUCUAUUGAAAAGUACCUACCUAAUCAUUUCAAACAAGGGCCCAGAUCAAUCUUUUGUACCUUAUUCCCGUCAUCUAGGACGAUGGACCUUAGCGCUGUCUAAACUUAUGAAUGAGUGAACGUAUGCUUGUGCGAGUGAUUAGGGGGUGAGUGCUCAUUUUCUUACUUUUGAAUGGUAGUAUGAUUUUUUGUCUCUCUUUAUCUUAGCCAUCUUUUUACUUUUCUAACUUUUUAUUCUGCUUUGGAAACAAAGCUGUUCAAGUUUUUCUCAAUCAGGUUCAUGUGUUCAGAUUUCUAAUGUCGACAAGAUAAUGUCAAUCUCAUAGUUAAUGAUUUAGUCUCUUUGAAUGUAAAAUAGAACGCUGUGAAGUCAAUCAAGUCUGCGUGAUAUUGAGUUCAUACACCUUGCUUGGUUAUUUGAGUGAAUUUUCAAGUAUCCCACUGACCAAUCAAAAUACUCCGUAUUAAGAAGAGAUUAAUGUCUUAUAGUCUCUUUGUCUGGCUGAGUGUUCACAAUUUUGUGGCUCCUACAUGAUUGAUCCUGUUUGGGAGACAAUCUGGCUUUUUUGCGCUGACUUAGCUUCUGCAUCAAUGCUGGAAUUAAAAUCUUCUGUACCUGUCAUUUUUAUGUGCUUUUGUUUGUUUGUCUGCACCUCAUGGCUGUCCUGCAAUAUUUUCUCACCGACCACUAACUUUCUUGUGCAAAAUGUUUUCAAAAGAUUGACAUAAAUUUUUUGGCAAACCUUAUUAAUCUACUGUUGGCUAAUCAUCUACUUUCCUGUAAUGAACGUAUCAAUUAACAAGACGUUCAGUGUCUCCCUCCCCAAUUUCUUCAGAGCUUCCCUGUUACUUCUCUGGCAAAAUGUAAUCUGGCUGUGAGAGUUGUGUCAUAAUUGGACUUCUUUUUGCAAUUAGGAACUAUAAAUUCCGGCCCAGUUUAAAAACAACGUAUGUGCCAUUAGUUUCUCUAUUCACAUAAGUGUUUCCUCAGAUGAACCAGAAUUUAUAGUUCCAAAUUGCAACAUGCAGUCCAAUCAGCUGUUUUACUCUAUCCAAGUUUUGAACAAUAACUCAAUCGACAAAUGUCACUUACAGGUGACAGCCACAUUGCCGAUGUGCUUGUAAGAAGAUUCGACUCCAAUUCUAGUCUCAUUCUCAAGAAUUUUAGUUCUCUUGUCACCCCAAAUACGUAGGGCUGUCUUGCAAAUUUUUAUGAAUAUUUUUUACUUGUACAAGAGGUAAAGUAACGACAUUGGUCAAAAUGCAAAAUUCCUACAUUGCCAUAUAAGUAGCAGAGCUAUUGCCUUUGUAAAAAUAACAUGGAAGGUGUCAACUCUUGUAUCUUGGCAGUAUGGUUUUCUCUUAUUUCUUCAUCAUAAGUACGUUUUUUUGAUAAAUGGUGUUAUCAUUUGAGUUAUUGAACACUUAGAUGAUACCUCUAUUAAAUUGAAUUGUUUAAUUUUGGUGUUAAGGCCAAUGGUGUUAUUAUCUUUAGCCAUAUGGAUGUAAUCCAAGAACCGUAUGUAGACUACAUUUUUCAAUCAGGAACUAUAAUUUCUGGUUCAGUUUGGAAACAACGUAUAUACCAUUAGUUUACCAAUGCACACAAAUGUCUUUGCAGAUAAGCCAGAAAUUAUAGUUCCAAAUUUCAAAAUACAGUCCAUUUCACUUUCGUUCGGUGUUGUCCCAGUGACAAAAAACAUUUUAAUUAUCGACUUGAUGUGUUAUAUUAAGGUGAACCAUUAAAAUAUACUAUAAAUAUUAAAGAAGGAUUAAAAGUUGCAGGCAAUUUUGUUAAUAAAUUUAAUUAUCAUAAUUUAGCUUGUGGCGUACAAUAAUUAUACAUGUAACUCUAUAUAUGACCCUUGCAGUCUGUCUCUCAAGACUUUUAUCAUACAUUUUUGUUGAAAUUUGUGCCAAUUUUACUCAUAAGUGAAUUAGUCUGUGAGAAGAGAAGGUUCUAUUAUUUAACAGGUUUUUCAGAGUAAAUUUCCUUGGAAAGAAAUUACAAAAGAACAUUUGGCAUUACUAAAUGCAUUCUGUGGAUUUCACAAUGGUAUACUAGCUCUAUGUUUGGACGUUCAGUUUUGGUUUUUUAGAAAAUUUACUCACUGUGUGCUGCGAUAUUCUAAACAGAGAAUAUAAUGCACAUCUAAUUGCUUCAUCAGCUCUUAUUUUUCCCACUUCUUUUUCAAUAGAUAACCAUACAAUCUGCUACGGUCUCGUUGAUCUGUUUUUUAAGUAAGAAAAUAUUGCUGUUAAGAAUCUACCGUCAAAUAUUCCAUCACAGCUUUUGUAUUGUAUCGCUUGUGGUGCUUAAACUUUACAUGCUUUGUCCAAACAGAAAUGGUAAAGUUGAAAUAGCCUAUUCACAUCACCACUCUUAGUUGAUAGAGCGCUGGUACGAAGGCAUUGUUAAAUUAUUUUUCACCAACUGUGAAACCUGUAAGAAGGAUAAAAUUAUAAUUCAGGGAUGAAUUUAAAAAGAAAAUAGGAGCCUGCAUUGAGUAAUAGAAGUACGUGAUUACUUAAUCUUCCCGCGCUUUCUUUUUAGCCAAAUCAGACACCUAACGGCCGCUUUUUCAUUUCUUGAUGAAGAAUUAAAAAAGUGGCUGUUGGAUGUCAGAUUGGCUGAAAAAUAGCGCGGGAAGAUCAGGUGGUCUCUUCUACUAUUCAAUGUAGGUCUUCACACUCUCUUUGGACCAAUUCUGAGGAGCGAACAAUGGAAAAUCAGGAGACUCCCGAAAUUCCUCUUCGCAUUAGGAGUUGUUCAUAGAAACUUUCAUACUUGCAUAAGGUAUAUCUUCUCUUUCUGGACAAGAUUUCUGCUCCAAUUGAAAAACUAAAAAUUCUCCUCACAAGCCACAUCACAACUAUCCUUGUUAUCGCCAUUCGUGUUAUCUGAGUUAUCAAUAUUCUGUUGAUUGGUUGAAACAAUGAGAUAUUUCAUGUUUGUUAUGUGAUUAUGUCUGUUUAUACUUAAUAUACUCAUUCCUGUCAUUGUUUCUUGUUGUGUCGGACUCAAUUUAUUCUCACUUCUCUUGGUUGAAUAAAUGUAUCCAUGGAUGUCCUAAGA